AUGCCAUCCAGCUUCUGUCAGCCCUCCACUGGUAACUCAGACUCAGAACCAGAGGAAAAAACCAGUGGGUUUAGGCUAAAACCGCCUACGUUAAUUCAUGGACAAGCUCCCAGUGCAGGACUUCCUAGCCAGAAACCUAAGGAACAGCAGCGCAGUGUGCUACGUCCAGCAGUGUUACAGGCCCCACAGCCUAAGGCUUUCUCACCACAGUUUUUUCAACAGUGGAACAAAUGGCAUCAGUGUGUCCUCUGAGCCAUGUGCAUCACCCCCAAAUAAACCUAUUUUAAGUGCAGCUGCCCCAACACUUACCUCUGAUAAAGCCAAUGAGGCUCAGCCAGAAUGUUCUGCUAGCAAGUUUGCCACAGAGGGUGUAGAGCGAGGGGAGCAAAGUUCGCAGCAAUCAUUUGUUUUUGGUCAAAAUCUUAGAGACAGAGUAAAACUUGGAGCAGAAAAUGAUUCACUUGAUGGGGAAAAGUCUGGCCCACAGAGUGCUGAUGCUCCAGCGCAGACUAACUACUUUCCUACAGUAUAUUAGCUCCAGCUUAGAGAAUUCAGCACACAAAGCAGAAGCAGCAAGUAAUAAGUUUGUAUUUGGACAAAACAUGAUUGAGAGAGUUCUGAGCCCACCCAAAGUAGAGACAAGUUCUGAUAGCAAUAAGGAAAAUACUGGUCUGGAGUCUGGUUCAGAGGGAUCUUCAUUGGAAAAUACCCCAGACAAAUCCAAUAACAUCUCUGAGUCACUAGCGGAAUCUGCAGCUGCUUACACAAAGGCCACAGCAAAACGGUGUUUACUGGAAAAAGUGGAAGUGAUCACAGGAGAAGAAGCAGAGAGUAAUGUACUACAAAUCCAGUGCAAACUGUUUGUGUUUGAUAAAGUGUCUCAGUCUUGGGUAGAGAGGGGACGAGGUCUUCUCCGACUGAAUGAUAUGGCUUCCACCGAAGAUGGCACAUUGCAGUCUAGAUUGGUGAUGCGCACUCAAGGCAGUCUACGAUUAAUUCUCAACACUAAGCUCUGGGCCCAGAUGCAGAUAGACAAAGCAAGCGAGAAGAGCAUAAGGAUUACUGCAAUGGAUACAGAAGACCAGGGUGUAAAAGUCUUUCUAAUAUCUGCAAGCUCUAAAGACACAGGUCAGCUUUUUGCUGCUAUUCACCAUCGCAUCCUUGCUCUAAGAAGUCAUGUAGAGCAGGAGGCAGAGACCAAGUGCCCUGAACCAGUCAGGGAGGGGGCCCAGUGCAAUGAGGAAGACAGUGAUGAUGAUGUCCUUACGCCUGCUGUCACAACCACAGUUGCGCCUAGUGAUGAAGGAGACAAGCCACCUACAUCCAGUACAUAG